AUGGAAUCUAGAUUAGGUUGGUUGGCAAGUUUGAAGUUCGAUACAGGCUCUGCUUUGAGAAGAACUUCGAUCAUUGGUACUAUUGGUCCAAAGACCAACAAUCCAGAGACUUUGGUUGAGUUGAGAAAGGCUGGUUUGAACAUUGUUAGAAUGAACUUCUCCCAUGGUUCUUACGAGUACCACCAGUCUGUGAUUGACAAUGCUAGAAAGUCUGAGGAACUAUAUCCAGGUAGACCUUUGGGUAUUGCUUUGGACACAAAGGGUCCUGAAAUUAGAACUGGUACUACUACUGACAAUGUUGAUUACCCUAUUCCUCCAAACCAUGAGAUGCUCUUCACCACUGAUGAAAAGUAUGCCAAGUCAUGUGACGACAAGGUCAUGUACGUAGACUACAAGAACAUUACACGGGUUAUAGAAAAGGGUAGAAUCAUCUAUGUCGAUGAUGGUGUCUUAUCAUUUGAAGUUUUGGAGAUUCUCGAUGAUCAGAAUAUGAAGGUCAAGUCCUUGAACGCUGGUAAAAUAUGUUCCCAUAAAGGUGUGAACUUGCCAGGUACGGAUGUUGACUUGCCUGCUUUAUCUGAAAAAGAUAAAGCUGAUUUGCGUUUUGGUGUGAAGAAUGGUGUUCAUAUGGUCUUUGCUUCUUUUAUUAGAACUGCAGAUGAUGUCUUGACCAUCAGAGACAUCUUGGGUGAAGAAGGUAAGGACAUCAAGAUUAUCGUUAAGAUUGAAAACCAGCAAGGUGUAAAUAACUUUGAUGAAAUCUUGAAGGUUACCGAUGGUGUAAUGGUUGCCAGAGGUGACUUGGGUAUUGAAAUCCCAGCUCCUCAAGUUUUUGCCGUUCAGAAACAGUUGAUUGCUAAGUGUAACUUGGCUGGUAAGCCAGUCAUUUGUGCUACUCAAAUGUUGGAAUCAAUGACGUACAACCCAAGACCAACCAGAGCUGAAGUCUCUGAUGUUGGUAACGCUGUUUUGGAUGGUGCUGACUGUGUUAUGUUGUCAGGUGAGACUGCUAAGGGUAACUAUCCAAUCAACGCCGUUACCACCAUGGCUGAAACUGCUCUGAUUGCUGAACAAGCUAUCCCAUACGUUCCAACCUACGAUGACAUCAGAAAUCUGACUCCAAAGCCAACACCAACUGCUGAAACCAUUGCUGCUGCUGCUGUUGCUGCUACUUUUGAGCAAAAGGCUAAGGCUAUCGUGGUCUUAUCCACAUCUGGUGACACCCCAAGAUUGGCUUCCAAGUACAAGCCAAAUGUUCCAAUUGUCAUGGUUACCAGAAACCCAAGAGCAGCUAGAUUCUGUCACUUGUAUAGAGGCGUCUUCCCAUUCGUUUAUGAAAAAGAGCCAAACUCAGAAUGGACUGCUGACAUCGAAGACAGAUUGAACUUCGGUGUUGAGAAGGCUAAGGAAUUUGGCAUUCUAGCAGACGGUGACACCAUUGUCGCCAUCCAAGGUUUUGCUGCAGGUGUCGGUCAUUCCAACACCUUGAGAGUCUUGGAAGUUUAA